AUGGCUCAUCUGCGCGAUAGCCUCGAGGCAUGCGCCCCUGCUUCCAUGUUUUCACCAUCAGUUGCUCGAAUUGCCGCCAUAGAGGCCAGAGACUGGUCGUUUGUCGACUGCUGGGUUGCUUCGCAGUUCCCAGGCCGCCAGCCACCGCCUUUUGAACGCAAUGCCGACACUCUGAAAACGCUACUUGCCCUCAUCUCCUUCAAGGACACUGCGUCCGAGGAAGCUCGAUUGUUGGCGCGGAUUGACCGAGAUGCCCUCGGUUCAUUGUCUCGAAGCCAAGACUCGGAAGCCACUGCUAGACCAGUCACUAUGGCUGCCAUGAGAGAUUUGUUACUGAAUAUUAUCGAACAAGAGCUAUCGAAAGAAGGAAGUAUCGCACUUCAUUCCAUGUCUUCUAUGGCAGUAUCUGCUAAAGUCACCCUACCUGAGCCUGAGCAGCUGGGCGCCGCCAUUCUCGAUACCCAGUCUGCUAUCUUCGAGACAGAGCAGAUGACAUUCCGAGCCGAAGCUUUGGAGCGCCACAUUCACUCAGAAAUUGUGCGCACAAAUAGCCUGUUGAACACGAUACAUGAUGAUAUCUGCAACUUGCCAGAAGGUCUUGGCAAACGCAACCUCGAGAUGCAGCGCACUGUGAAGGCAAUGACGGCCCAAUUACCGGAAUAUGAGAGAAAGAUGGCGACACUGAAGGCCUCUGCUGCUUCCUCGGAUCUCACUGUACACGGUAUCAUCCAAGAGGAACAAGAUUAUCUUGCCUUGUUAGAAGAAAGAAAAUUGCUCGAGAAGCGCAUAUCAAUAUUCCGCCGUCUCCCGAGCGAUCCAAAAUUAGCAAGGAAUGAGUUGAAUGCCUACCGCAAAGAGCUUCAAGGCAUCACGUCGCGACGAGAUGCAGCUUUUCAAGGUCUAGUCGAGCGCGAAACACCGGUUAAAAGGAGGUGA